AAGGCAGUCUGGGAAACACUAGUCAAUUGUAAACAUGGCGGCCAUUACGGGCAGGUUGCUGUCCUUCAGCAAGAAUGCAAAGUUAAUCGUUUCCCCUCUGAAAUUGUCUGCUGUACCUGCACAUCGUUACAGCGUUGAUGUUUCACAUACCGGCGAGGCAAUAACCCACACUGGCCAGGUGUUCGAUGAGCACGAUCCCAGGCGAGCUCGGUUCGUCGGCAGACAGAAGGAGGUGAACAAGAAUUUUGCAAUCAAAUUGGUUGCAGAAGAGCCAGUGACUGACGUCCAUGCCAGAACGGUGUCCUGUGAUGGAGGUGGAGGAGCCCUGGGUCACCCCAAAGUCUACAUUAACCUGGAUAAAGACACUCGCGUGGGGACCUGUGGUUACUGUGGGCUGCAGUUCCAACAGAUACACCAUCACUGAGACCUCUCCUCGGGUCCUCCUUUGAAUCUUGUCUCUGCA